GAACAGUUCUCUGCAUAUUCUCAUCACAGAGCCCAUGCCCCGAGCACUCUGUGAGAUUUGGGAAACGGUAUUCGGGGUAUAUCGAAGUUCCUUUUGACCUCAAAUAAUGGCCCCGAAGUUGUCGGCGUCAUCCUCCAGGGCAUGGGAUGGCCUCAAUCCCCCACUGUCAAAUUGGGUCCUUGAAGCUGUUUCGAAUUUAGGCUUCACCCGCAUGACGCCGGUCCAGGCCUCCACGAUCCCUCUUUUCAUGAGCCACAAGGACGUUGUUGUUGAAGCUGUAACUGGAAGCGGGAAGACAUUGUCGUUUUUGAUACCCAUCGUGGAGAAAUUGCUCCGACUAGACGAACCCGUAAAGAAACAUCAUGUUGGAGCAAUUGUUGUGUCACCAACUAGAGAACUUGCGUCCCAAAUAUACAAUGUUUUACUAUCGCUGCUGGCCUUUCAUGGCCGUUCUGCCUCUGCGAUUACCUCACUGAGCGAAAGCGAAGACAACCAUCGAGGGUAUCCGUCAAGCGCUUUGAAGGUCAUUCCACAGCUUCUACUAGGAGGCUCAACAACACCAGCGGAAGACUUAAGCUCGUUUUUGAAGAAGUCGCCGAAUGUUUUAAUUGCGACUCCCGGUAGACUAUUGGAGCUUCUUUCAUCUCCUCAUGUGCACUGUUCUCAAGCAUCAUUUGAGAUGUUAGUCUUUGACGAGGCUGACAGGCUUUUGGAUCUUGGAUUCAAAGAAGAUAUUCAGAAAAUUCUUGGGCGAUUGCCGAAACAGAGGAGGACGGGCUUAUUCAGUGCAAGUGUUAGUGAAGCCCUGGACCAAAUCAUUCGAGUCGGGUUGCGGAACCCGGUCAAGGUUGCCGUCAAAGUGCGAAGCGCAUCGGGUGUUGAAGAGAAGCGAACACCUGCGAGCUUACAAAUGACGUAUCUCGUCACCCCUCCCACACAUAAACUUCCCGCAGUGAACAAUAUUCUGAAAAGCUUAGAGCCGAGACCACAAAAAACUAUAUUAUACUUCGCGACAUGCGCAAGUGUUGACUAUUUUCAGCACAUAAUCCCCCUCCUUCUUGGGGAUGAAUUCACCGUUAUACCACUGCAUGGCAAGCACCCGUCUAAUGUCCGACAGAAAAACUUCACCCGAUUCGUUAACUCUAUAACUCCUUCGGUCUUAUUAACGACGGAUGUGGCAGCGCGUGGGCUGGAUAUUCCAUCGGUCGACCUUGUCAUUCAAGUUGAUCCGCCAUCCGAUCCGAAAGUAUUUAUACAUCGUUGCGGUCGAGCUGGUCGAGCAGGUCGCCGUGGUUUAAGUGUCAUUCUUCUUCACCCGGGCCGUGAGGAAGACUACGUUCCCUUCUUGGAUGUACGAAAGACACCAGUGACUUUAUAUGAACAACCGGAUUUUGCAGUAUCAGAUAAAGAUGCCUUAAAAUCCACGGAGGUAGCUCGCAAAAAGGUCCUGUCAGACCGAGCCUAUCAUGAUAAAUCGCAAAGAGCCUUUGUUAGCUGGGUGCGCAGUUAUAGUAAGCACCAGGCAAGCAGCAUAUUUCGAGUUGUCGAUUUGGAUUGGGAGGCAUUGGGGCAUGCUUGGGGCCUGCUGAAAUUGCCAAAGAUGCCGGAGCUAAGAAACUUCAAGGGCGACAAGUCUUUAGGGGUGGCAAUAGAUUGGGGUAAUUACGCUUAUCAAGAUAAACAGAGGGAGAAAAAUCGUCAAGAAACUCUCCAAGACGGAGCAGAAUUGGCAAUACAGUCAAUUAAGAAGCGACCUGCUAGUGAGAGUAUACCUUGGAGCGAGAAUUUGGAAAAGAGGAAAGAAAGGGAACAACGGCGAGAUAGGAAGAAGGCUCGUCGUGAACGAGACCGAUGGGAAAAGAUGACCGAAGACGAGAAACGUACUGCCCGUGAAACAGAGGCAAUGGUCGAAAAGAUUCGCAAGGAAGCAGAAUUAGAAAGAGCUAGGGCCAAAGCUAGUCAAAACACGGGGGUAAUGAAAGUGAAGACGAGUUCCGAGGCUUUGACUAAGCCGAAGAUUCGUGAUAAUCAAAGGGACUAGUGAUUUCUUAUAUUAACCAACCUUUUCAAUUUCAAAUGCUCCGGUCUAUACCCGACCCUCAUACGUGAACUCCGGUGACAAAUUGACUUUAAUUCGAUUCAACGCUUGUCUUUUCCAUGAUACCCAGCAUAGUCGAUAACACUAGCAUAUUUAUGUGUACAUAUAUCAACAACUCAGUCUCAUUCUUUAUUGAUGAUGAUCUAGAUAUUGAUGGCUGUGGUGGACCUAACAAUGCUCUUCUGAUAUUGUAUUCAACCACCGAUUGUUUCCGACUAAGACCACCUUACCAAUGUUGUAGUUCGCUCAAAAUAGGAAUUUUAUAUAAAAAAAUAUGAAAGAGGAUAAGCAUUACACGACUUCUAAAAACUCGC